GAUCAGCUGGAGGCAGCAAUAAACAGAAGAAAAUCUGCAGCGAAAAAAAUAGAGGAGAGGAGGAAGAAGGAAAAAAAGCUGCAGAUGUUAUGAUCUGAAAACAUCAGUGUAACAUUUUUACACGAAGCCCCUUCUUCUAAGAAGAAAGCCUUUUAUUUUUGUAUAAUGGUGUUUUAACUACCUCACAUAAAGGCUAUCUAAAGCUAUGCUUUAAGAGUUGUCGUUUCUACUGUGUGUGAGAUCUCGUUUACAACUUGAAUAACACUGCAAAGGCAGGCCUUUGCUCCAAACCAAGUGAAACCUUAAAUUUGCACUAUAGAAGCCUGUCCACUCCUGUUUCUUAAAACCAAGAUCCAGCAAGAGGCUUCAAGGGGAAAAAAAGAAAAAAAAAACUCAGAAAAAUAAGACAAAAAAAAAAAAAAGCAGCGUAAAACAGCAACAAGUGAUAGAAACAAGAAAUUCAAAAAGGCAGCUACAGCUUUUUCUUUGUGGACAACAAAAAGCACCAGAGUCAUCAACACUUGACACAACAAGCAGCCAUGUUUCAGCGUCUUAGCAACCUGUUGUUUGGAGAGGUAGAAGAGGUGGCAGCUGAGCUGAAGGGACCCAACCCAUGUGUGACGGAGGCAGAUGAGGAAGGAUGGAUGCUCGUCAACCUGCCUGAAGAAUCUGACCGCAUGAUGCAGGUAGAAGAUGAGACGGGAACACCACCGACUGCACAAUCAUUCCCAGACAGUAACCAAUCUAAUGAUCAAGACACACACACAAGGACUGAAUGCCCGGCUCUCGUUCCCCACCCACCUCACAAGCGUCGUAGGACACAUAAAGGUCGGGCACUGGGGGCAGCAGCAGCAGCAUCAUCAGACCCCCUGUCUUGUCCUAGCACUAGUCCAUCUGACUUGGGUGCCACUACACCCGUAACCCUGCCAAGACGGGCCAGACUGUCCACGCCCUCCUCCACCCCGUCAAUGUCCCCAGGCUCUGGGAGUGAGUUUGGGGGCAGUGGGGGUAGCAGUAGGGCAGGCUCAGAGAGAGGCUGCAUGGAUGAGAGCUGGUUUGUCACCCCUCCCCCCUGUUUCACUGCAGAGGGAGCCACAGCAGAGGCCAGCCCGAUGGAGGACCUGCUCAUAGAGCACCCCAGCAUGUCUGUGUACGUCUCCCCAAACAACCUGUCCAUGGUGUCCAACAGCAACCUGUCUGUGGUGGGAGAGGAGAGCAUUGUCAGCCUGGCGAGCAGCGUGAGCAGAGUGCCUGAGCCAGCCGCUGCCCCCGCUACUCGCAGCACUAUGCCCACCAGGGUGACCCGUGGAGCAGCUGCCCAGGCUGGAGCUCUGGCCAAGGUCACCCAAGUGGCCAGAGUCCAGCGUAGCAAAGCCCGCAUCGAGCGGCGCCAUCUGGGCCGCAACCGCAUUCAACGCCAAAACCGCACCAGGGAGCAGGUUCCCCGCCACGCAGCUCACGCCAGAAACACCUUCCUCCAUCAGCCCAGCAAGCGUAACUUCUGCCACUAAACUCCCCAGCAACAGGGGGCAUUGUUUACUCUGAGGGCAUUAGUAGUACAUAGUCAACCCAAGACACACAUGAUUAGAUAUAUUCACUCGCAGCAUAUUUGCUUCCAUCUCUGCACAUUAUAUCAUAUUACACUCAGAUACCUGUAGACCAGUUGCUUUUUUGUUUUGGUUUGGCCACAAACCAACGUCACCUGGUAGUUUGAUGCCCCAUACUGCUGUUAUGAACCAAGCCCUCUGAGUAGAUCUGUGUAGACAUUUAUUAUACUUAUUGUCCAUUGCAGUAUCCAAACAACAAAAAAAAAGUCUUCAAAAAUAUUUAUACAGGUUAUACGUAGUAAUAAUAAUGUCUGAAAAACAACUAAAAGUUGAAUAAUAUUAAUUUUCUGUCCUAUCUUAGUAACAUUUUCUUAUUCUUGCACUCUCCCUCAAGGCAUGUUUUUUUUUUUUUUUUUUUUAGUUAAUUAACCCAAUAAAUCUCCAUUUUACUUUGUUGAUUUUGGAGACAAUAAAUUGAAAAUGAAGUAGUCAAGUGUACUUCACUCUGACUGGAGGAACAGUUUUUUUUUUCUGGUGGAAACAAUGCAAGACAGAGACAAGUUAAGCAUUAGCAGCUUUACAGCAAAAACAGCUCAUCAUGUCUUCAAAGCUUUAUCUUAAAGGGGAUUUUAUCAAAAUAUAAUUUUAUCUUUGUUCAGAAGAGGAGGAAGAAACUACCGUGUGUGACAAGAGUGAGAGGAACAUAGCUAGACAUUUGUUUCUCUUCAGUGUGGUUUACCAACAUAGAAAGUGUAAAACAAAGUCAAGGAAACAUGAAGCAACUAGUUUCACCAGAGGAAACUAGAGUUGUGAGACUCCUCUCUCUUCUUACUCUGUGAAGGUCAAGAGCAAGUAGAAGAUGGUGAGAGUGUGAGCAAAACAGACUAAAGAGUAAAAGGAAAAACAUGAUGAAUUAGAACAAGAUAGUAUUCAAAGGGAUGUGGUUAACAAUAAGUGGCCAUAAGAAAGUGUAAUGUAACCCUCUGAGCAGCCUGUGAAUGUGUUUUCCAAAAAUUAACACCAAACUUCAUCAGAGAGCAUUUAGAAUAUUUAUAUUUUUUUCAAUCAUGAAGAUAGAUGUUAUAAACAAUGAUAAAAUCACUGCCAAAGAUAAGACGGCAGUGAAAUAGUACAGGGCUCUCUGUUGGGUUACAGGGUAUGGCAGGUUAUGGUAAGUGCAGAGCGGUAUCGAUGGACACUCUUUAUUUUGUUUUGUUAAAUUGAUUUUUGCUCAUUUUAUCUCAUAAGUUGUGACAUUAUUUUUACAGUCGAACUUUGCAUUGCUCCACCAAGAGAGAAAAUCAAGUCCAUUUCCUGUCAGAUGAAGAGAAAGUACACAUUAGGCUUUUAAAGUCAACAAAUUCUCCCCAUGGAUCACAAAGAGCAUGAUGAUCGUUAAUUGCGUGGUCUAUAAACUGAAGUAUUGUGCCCAGCACACAACAGUCAUGCUUAUCCAUAGUGUGUGCUGUGAUCUUUCGUUAUCCAUGUGAACACCAAAAAAGUAGGCUCGACUUGUGUAUCAGUCCAUAACAAAAAAUGUCCCACAACUGUUAGGAGGAAGGGGAACAAAUAUUUCCUUAAAGCCUAACAACAAGCAUCUUCCCCCACAUCCAAUACUUUGAACAACUAUCAUCUUGCUCAUGGACGAGCAACACAUUGCUGACAUCUACUCCAUUACCGUCUGUCUAUUUCUUAUUAGCACAUCCAGCUCUAACAGUGUCCACUAGCUUACUGAUAUGUAUUCAACAACAAUAGUAAACAAUGGUGCUGAAGUGUAUACUAAUGUUUGUAAAUUAUUUGAGACAUGGAUGUAAGUUUGCACUGUCAUACAUUUUGUGAGUCAAAGUUUUAGCGGUGUGCAGUGUGCUUGUUUGUUUUGUUUUUUUUCUGUUUUUCUUUUGUGAUAUUUUAUUUUUCUUUUCGUUUUGAUCCAGACUGUGUGUGAGAAGGUGUACUGACACGUUAAAAUGAUAGAAACUCUUUAAAAGAAUAACACGAAUAUCGGUCAUUUAUUUCUCUUGUAAAUAUUACAAAACAAUUUAUGAUGCUCCGUUAGAUGUCAAAGCCUCUCAGGACUUAAGUCCACAACAUUGUGUCCAGUGGGACUGAUGAGAAUCCACUCUCUGCCUCACCUCUGUGCUCAUUUUCAAACCAAGAGGGCAUUUUCAGUGGCCAAAAGUGGCAUCUUUGCCCCAGCUUCAGUCUCAUCUUGGCGAGAUGCACCAUAAAAACAGCACUAGACUCAGAGUUGACGUGCCAUAGGCAAACACUGCCCUCCGGAGGGUCCACUCAGUGCAGCGCUUGCUGUGUGACUGCUGAUGAGGAUACAGUACAAUGAUGUGUUUUGAAUACGUCUGCACUGGUGUGUUUAAAAGACAGAUUGAGAGUCUCUGGAUUUAUUUUCGAUUGUUUGGAAAAUGGAAAUGUCUUGUCUUGUUUAGAUCAACUAAAGAAGUAAGAUAAAUCAGUUUUCCUUGAAUACCACACGCUUUUCAUUUCUGCCAAUAAUCUUAUAAAUGACUCUGUUUUGUUCAAAACAUGUUAAUUUAUCAAAUGAUUAUGAUUAUUAUCUUUUUUGUUUGUUUGUUUGUUCGUUUUAAAGAUAACUAUGAUGUAUCCUGUCUAUUCCUCUAGUGUAGGGAAUGUAUCUGAGGUGGUGAGUCUAGUGUGCACACACACAUAAACACUUGGUGAUCUCUGUUUAGGCUUCCACACUCUCCAGGGGCUUACUAUUCUGACUGACUGUGCCUCGGAUGUAGAAUUCUGCUUGCCUGUUAUUAAAAAAAAAGUAUGUACAGAGCAAAAACAGGGUAAUAAUGAGAGUUCACAGGUGAAUGUGUGUGUGUUCAAAAUUUACUACAGAUACCUCUGCCGCUGCAAACCUGUUUUCCUCAUUUUUAUUUCUUUCCUUUCUCACUAGUGUCAUGUGAAAAGGAAACGUUAUUUCAGUAUGUUGUGUGUGAUUAUUGAAUGGUGUGGUUUUAAAAGUGGAAGUCGUCCAAAAUUGGGAAGAGGGAGUGGUCACCCAAUGUGUCGAGGCUGAUGUGAUGUGAGGGAUGUGGACGGGGACCGAAUGAGGCAGGAGACAAAUAGCUUAUAUAUUUAAAAAAAAAAAAAAAAAAAAACAGAUAAAAGAAAGGAAAUGUAUUAUAAAAAAUACAAUAGAAUAUGCUUGUAUUUUCCCAUAUAGUUAUUAGAGAAGUUGUUCAACAAUAGGAUGUUUUAAAUGAAAAGCGUUGAAUGUCUGGGGAGUUUCAUAUGUUUUAUGUUGUGCCCUAAAAUUAUGGCAGCUUAUAAAACACUUGGGGUUUCACCCAUGUUACAUCUCAAUUAGUACACCCCCCACCCCAUAAAAUGAAAUAUAUAGACAUAAAAUUUGGUGUAUCUGAUAUCUAUGGUGAUUGUGCCUUUCACUAUUUCUGCAUGGUUUUUGUGACGUACUGAUUUUCCAUCCCCAAAGUGGACAGUCAUCCACUGACAGGCAAGACCUAUGCAAAAAUCAACGGAUGGGUUUUCCAGCAUCCAUUAAGAAAACACAGGUACCCGCCAAAAAAACAACAAUAACAACAACAAUAAAUACUCAGGUUAACACCUGAA